CUGUCGGAGUUUGUGCGCGGAAUGAAUUUUAUUAACUCUAGAGGGGGUACUGUGAUGAUGGGUAAUGAGUUACAUGUAAAUAUAUUACUUUUUGAUUGUGACAACGGGAGUGGAUUUUUCGUGCAUCUCAUUCAUUCUGUAAAUAAACUACGAUUAAUCCAAAACAUCCUUAUUUGCUUAUAAAACAUUUAUUAGAUAAACAACAUUUGGUAAUCUUCAGUAUUUGUUUAAAAUUUGCUAUGUAUCAUGCCCUCGAGUUCCCACCCAGUCUAUUAUUCUGGUCCAGAUAGUGUUAUACCCCAAGCACCUAUGUCAAUGCAAACAUACUACUAUAAAAAUAAUAUUCCUGCCUCCGGCUUGGGUCCUAAUCCAUCAACUACGACUCCCCGUGCAUCAGUUCUUCCUCAGCAAACAUCUGUAAACACGAACAAUCAUGUGGGCGUUCCCGGAUCCACUCGUUUGUCAUCCCAGUCACCCCAUUCAGGCUUCCCACAUACAAAUUUUCGAACUAGUCAGUCCAACGGUCUUCCUAACAAUCAAGAUGUGAUGUCAGUUUCAAUGCAUGCCCCACCAAAUUACUACUAUUGGCCGCCCGGGACUACAACUGGCACUAACACUACACCAUACAACUACAGUGACAUUUCGUCGCAUACAUACGCAACUCCUACACCAGUGUCUAAACCAAAUAACACUACAGCCAGUUAUUUGAAUCCUACUAAAAAUAGUUUAACCAACAAACACAAUACAAGCAGUCGACCCACUCAACAACUAAAAAGCACAACAUCCAAUUCAAGUAACAGGCCAUUAUGGAAAGAUCGUCCUCAUGUGGGAAAAUAUAGUUUAAUCCAAACUAUUGGUAAAGGGAAUUUCGCAAAGGUGAAACUAGCUCAGCAUCUUACAACGGGAAUGAAGGUUGCCGUUAAAGUGAUCGACAAAACAUUAUUGAAUCAUUCAAGUCUGCAAAAGCUUUUUCGUGAAGUUCGUGUCCUGAAAAGUUUAAAUCAUCCCAAUAUAAUAAAACUGUUAGAAGUCAUUGAAUCUGAAAAGCAUUUGUACUUGGUUAUGGAAUAUGCUAGUGGUGGUGAGGUAUUCGAUUAUCUUGUAUCUCAUGGUAAAAUGAAUGAAAAGGAUGCCCGAUGUAAAUUUCGUCAAAUUGUGUCAGCUGUACAAUACUGCCAUCAGAAAAUGAUUGUUCACCGUGAUCUAAAAGCUGAAAAUUUAUUGCUAGAUGCAGAGCUGAACAUAAAGAUUGCAGAUUUUGGUUUUUCAAAUUAUUUUUCCAAUUCACAAAAAUUGGAUACAUUUUGUGGAAGUCCACCGUAUGCUGCACCAGAAUUAUUUUUAGGACGUAAAUAUGAAGGCCCAGAAGUUGAUGUAUGGUCACUUGGUGUAAUCUUGUACACUCUAGUCAGCGGUACACUACCAUUCGAUGGUAAAAAUUUAAAGGAAUUACGUGAACGUGUUCUACGCGGCACGUACAGAGUGCCUUACUAUAUGACACAUGAAUGUGAAAUGUUACUGAAGAAAAUGUUGGUGCUUAAUCCAGCUAAGCGUAUCACAUUGCAGGAGGUGAUGAAUGAUCCUUGGAUAAAUCAAGGCUAUGAACACAGUGUAUUGAAACCUCAUACUGAAGAACCUGCCGAUUAUUGUGAUCCAGAACGUAUUGAUAUCAUGAUGCGUAUGGGUUUCAAACGUGAGGAUAUCCACGAUUCUUUAACGCAACAACGAUUCAAUAACAUCACUGCUACUUAUUUAUUAUUAGCUCGUUAUGACCCACGUGUACAUGGUCGACUACGUAGUCUACCUAGCACAUCUACUACCAGUUUGAAAUCAGACAACCCAUCAGCACGUUCACGUCAGACACCUGAAACACAAUCGAAUACACCUAACACAUCAAGGACGCACUUUCGAAAUUCACCAGUCACUCAACAUAAUUCACCAUCACAUAACAGUUUAGGUAUAACAUCCACGAAUACCACUAACUCUACAGCUGCUGCUACAGUCACCCAGCAUUCAUUGACGAAAGGAAUUACUACCCGUAUUAAUGAGUCAACUGGUUUAAAUAAUCGGCAUACAUCCACAGUCAGUCGAUCUAGUAAAGAUACAGUUACUACAACAACUACAGGAAAUCUAUUCGGAGACUCUUACAUGACAACAAAUGUUACUAUGUCGAACUGUAAUAAUGCAAACACUAGUGGUGGGACUCAUAGUAUUUCUAGCUCAGUACGCAGAUCUGCUACUGUAUCCGGUCCAGCCGAUGCCAGUCAGGCAGUAACCUCUUUAUCAGGGGUAUUGUUAAAGUCAUCUGUACUUCCUGCACUAAGUACUCAUUCCCCUUCAGUAUCACGAAAUGUGUCACCUCCCCCACCAUCCCAAGCACCUCCAUCUGAUGUUUCCCAUCAAAUUCCUGCGAGUCAGCCUUCAGUUAUUACUCUUCACCCGGCUUCUGUUACUGCUCAUUUAACACUUGCGAAUAUGUCUAACGGACCGUCUUGUUCACUUCCAUCAAAUUCUAAUUCAGUACCACCGCUUGUGACCUCCUUCUCUCGUCAUAAUUCUCGUCCGCGAGCUGCUACUCGUUCUUUUUCAAUUCAACCACAAGCCGUUGCUCCUUUAGCACUAGAUGAAGAAGAUGCUUCAAAUCCUGCAAAGUCUCGAAGAAAUCGUAAUCAAAAAUCUCCAUCAGUUGAAAAUAAAAUAAACAGUUGCAAUGGUUUAAUAAAAGAAUUAUCAAUUUCUUCUACUAGUUCCGAAGAUGCGAUCUCCGAUGAGAAAGAUUUAUACGACAAAGAUUCUGACUCUGAAUCACCAGGCUCUGUAAAGAUAUCUCGUUCUUCUCGUAAGUCUCAGAAAGGUAGACAUCUCAGUCGUACAAAUAAGAAUAAAACUCCUACAACAGUUGUAUCAGGAACAGUUGGUGGAAUGACAAUGCCUACAAGCGUUACACUAGCUGCCGCUCCUAAUACAAACUUCAAUAAUAAAAACUACUCAUUUUCUCCAAAAGAAAAACAGUUGCCUGAGGAUAAUAUAUCUGAAGAUAUCUCUUCAUCUAUCAAUCACAAUCACCGUCGGGAAAUAUCUCAGUUUAAUCGGGCUACUCCUGUUCGACGCAAAUCAAUCAGUACGACAAGGUCUAAUUGCUUCACAAACACCACGCUAACGAUCAACUCGAAUUCAACAUCUCUUAACGAAUAUCCGUCGACAACAGUCAAUAAUACUAAUAAUAAUGAUAAGGAAACUACGCCUGGUUCAACUGUUUCUUAUAAAAAUGCCAUUAAUCCAUCAAUAGCCAAUCGUGUUAAUCUGUACAAUGAGUUGAAUAAAAAUAAUACAUCGUCAUCUUCAUCAGAAUUAGAAUCAAAGAACAAAAUGAAAGAACAAAGUCAGCCAAGUGUGUAUCCUAAACCAAGAACAAUAUUUAGAUACCCUCCUAAUGCCGCUGAUAUAUUAAAUGAGUCGAAUCCUUUCCGAAUGGUGAAUGACAUAUCACUAACUGAUUCUUUGAACACACCACCAGCUGUCCCACCUCAUGGUGGUACUCGUUUACCUACACAACUGAAUUCUACAUCAGCUAAUCGAACAAUUCUAUAUAAUAAUAAUAAUAAUGGUUCACCCACCUAUAAUACAAAUCAAACAAAUCAGAUGUUAGCAACAAUUACUAAUACUAAUACAACUAACAAUAAUACUUCUUCUAUGAACUCUUUUGGUGCUACAAUAAGACGUCCUACAGCUCCUGUUCCACAAAAUUCACUAACGCCUAUUUCAUCUGCUCCUAUUAACACAGCGAUGCGUACAUCUUACGCUUAUCAUUCAUUACGAUUACCCUCUAAUACAACAUCUAAUACCUGUACCAAUGAAAUUCUUUCCCAUCAACUUGGUCGGACAAAUAAUCAACUAGUUCGUCCAUCAGUAACUUCUCUUUGGUCUAAUGGUAUUAGUGAGACUGGUACGGAUCAAUCACCUUCAAGUUCCCCUUAUGCAGCUGACUUAACAGAAAAUACUUCAAGCCUUCCGUUCAAUCGUAAUCUACCAGAGCGUUCAACAAUCCAGCACGUACCAACUGGUAGAGCUAGAGAACGUUUAGAAGGGACAUCAGGAGGUCCGCGACUCGUUCGUCACCCUGGAACACAAAGUAUCGCCCAUCCAACUACUGAAUCUCACCUUCGUUCAUCACCAGCUGGUAAUUCAAAUUUUUCUACACCAAGACCUAACAGUCCUGAUCUAUCAAUAUCCUCUGGAACGUCAUCUGUAUCUACAUUAAGUCAUCAUGGUGAUCGGACUGAUUAUGAUGAGGAAUCCCCAACACCAGAAAAUGAAAGACAUUCUGACAUUGAUAAUAAAAGUCAUACUAUCGGAUCUACUGUUCAGCCAUUUACUCGAAAUUUUUCUGUUCGUCCUUCAGGUCAUCGACUUGAAAAUGAUGCAGUUCAUAAUCAUUCUAAUAAUAAUAAUAAUAAUGGGGGUAUCAACAAUUUUUUUCGUACCUUAACAACUCGAAUAUCUAGCAGCAAACUGUUUCGAAGAUCUGCCGUUCUUCAACCCGGUUUAUUGUUUAAUUCUCCUGAUAACAAGAUUCCCAAUAUGAAUGAUCCUAAGGAUCCAGAUAUGAGAGUGGCACCUACAAUGGAGCUUGACAAACUGGCAGUUACAUGUGGUAGCCCUGCACCGGAGACGUGUCACAAGAACAGUUCUAUAAGACUUCCACGUAGUCGCAGUGGAGUAACUCCACAUCGCGCUACUCCACAAGGAUCUCGAAGACUAGCUGAUUUCAGUACAGUUACUGUUGAUGAACGCUCAUACAGAAAGAAUAUUGAUACAGAAACUCUCAGUCGUAGGAGGAGGAGCAAAAACGAAGUCAACGCUGAUAAUACCGGGUCAAUGUGUCGGAGACGUAGUCCGAUUUCUCGGGAUUCACGUUCACAGUCCACCCACCGUUCAUCUUCACGACAUGAUGAUGGCAGUAAUUCUAGGCCUACACCUCCUCCUGUUCCUAUGCGAAAUGCGACUGGAAUGCCUAGUUCAAGUCAGAAUAAAUCCCCUCCAUCCGGAAAUGACAACUCAGUUUCGAACAACGCUGUAACUGACAUCACUCUUGGACGAACGCGUAGUUUAAGGUUUAUGUUUCGUAAGGAAACUGCUAGUCGACGUCAGAUAGAGGAAAUGAUGUUGGACAUGAAACAGAUUCUAAUCAACAAUAACAUUGACUUUGAACAAGUCGGUGAUUUGAAAUUACAGUGUGUUUACGGAGACCCUUCACGAGCAUGUCAGAUACCCAAUUUAACAACUCAUAAUCAAAGUUCAAAAAGUACUAACAGAUCAUCACGUUUAACUGAUCGUGUUGAAAACAGCGUUGUACAUUGGGAAAUGGAAAUUUGCAAGCUUAAUCGAGCUGGGGCGAAUGGAGUGCGUUUCAAAAGAAUCAGUGGAUCAACAUCUGAUUUCAAGCGUAUUGCUAAUAAACUUGCCUCGGAUAUGGAAAUCUGACUUAUACACAAAUAUGCAUAUACAUUAUAAAUAGUUAUACAGAAACUAUUGCAUUUCUCUUUAUUUAGCUGAAAUAGAGCUACUAAUCAGCUCAUUCGCUGUGUAUGCUUAAAUCCUUUUUUGUUUGUAUGUAUAUUUCAUACUUUAAUUUUUAUGCAACAGUGAUCAGCUGUCAACAUAGUUUAUUUGGCGUACAAAAUCAGCAAUAACUCAACACAUACACACACACACCCUACAUCUCUCUUGCCAUCGCUCCUUAUAGAUCAGCAGCUGCUUAUUAUUACUAUUAUGAUUAUUAUUUAUACUUUUUUCCCCAAUCACCUUCAAGAAACAAAAUAUGCUGAAGAUUAUGAUACAUGGUAAUGAACUAUGUAGUGCAUUGAUGGAAAAUGAAGCUGAAUGAUUAUUUUCAAUCUCGUUUUACUUGUACCACUCACUGGUUCUGAAAAUAAUAUCAAGACAUUAUUUGUUUCUUUUUUCUUGUUUAUCAUAUCAAUGGAUAAAAUGGGGGGGGGUGGAAAUAUGGUUAGAUAAAUGUGUAUGUUUGUGUUUUACAGGUGAAUAAUACAUCUUUUUCAAUCCUCUUUUAUCAAAUCUACUCACUGUUUUACAUGCUUGCGACAGUAACAGUUAUCAGCUCUAGUAACACAAAGAGGAGGAUAUUAUUGAUGCUACUGAUACUUGAGAAAUGAUAUUUGUCUGUUUGGUUGUUAAUUUUGUUUUUUGGAAUAUUCUUAGUUAAUUUGUUUAACUACCCUGUCUCUGAAUACCAUUUUAUUAUGCUUUUAUUUUCCCCUUAAGGCAAUGCCUUUAUCAAUGGUUAUUUUGUUUGUUUGUUGGUUUCUUUGUAUGUUGAAAAUUAUUUAUCUACUAAUCAUAGAGAGAUAUGAUGUGUGUGGGUGGUUUACUGGAAAUAGAAGAAGUCGAAUUAAAUUUCCUCCCAAAUGACAAGGCAGACACACGUUCAUUUGCAUACAUAUAAUUACACAAAUAAUGAACGCUAUUCCAGAUAAUAAAUUAGCUCAUAAUUUUAAACAAACUGAUCUUGAUUUUUUUUUUUAACGAAAAAGAAUAAAAUGUAUUCAUUGAUUAAAUUAGUGGGAGAAAAUGCUCCAUACUUCUUUUAUGUGUUAUUGUUCGGUAUUACAAUAAUGCUUAGUGAAAUGGAUAUUUAGAGUGAUGGGUUAUCUUUCAUUUUGGCAAUCGAGAGGAUUAUUUAUUCACAA